CCACGCGCUCGCCUGCGUGCCGGAGAUCAUCGCCGGACAUGGCCGCCGCCGCCGCCGUCGUAGCCAAGCUUUGCCGCAUGGCGUUGAUGUGGCUUGUUCUUGUGCUCUGCGUGCCGGCGGUUUUGACGUUGGCGGCGGCAGAGAAGGAAGGGUACAUUGUGCACAUGGACAAGUCGGCCAUGCCGAGGGCGUUCGCCAGCCAGGCGAGCUGGUACGAGUCCACCCUCGCCGCGGCGGCGCCGGGGGCCGACAUGCUGUACGUGUACGACCACGCCAUGCACGGCUUCGCGGCGGGGGUGACCGCGGAGGAGAUGGAGAGGCUGAGGGCGUCCAGGGGGUUCGUGUCGUGCUACCGCGACGACGGGAGGGCGGUGAGGCGGGACACGACGCACACGCCGGAGUUCCUCGGCGUCAGCGCGUCGGGCGGGCUGUGGGAGGCGUCGCGGUACGGGGAGGACGUGAUCGUCGGCGUGGUGGACACGGGCGUGUGGCCCGAGAGCGCGAGCUUCCGCGACGACGGGCUCCCGCCGGUGCCGGCGCGGUGGAAGGGCUACUGCGAGUCCGGCACGGCGUUCGACGCCGGGAAGGUGUGCAACCGGAAGCUCGUCGGCGCGCGCAAGUUCAACAAGGGGGUGGUCGCCGGCACCAACGUGACCAUCGCCGUCAACUCCCCGCGCGACACCGACGGCCACGGCACGCACACGUCGUCCACUGCCGCCGGCUCGCCCGUGGCCGGCUCGUCGUUCUUCGGCUACGCUCCUGGCACCGCGCGCGGCAUGGCGCCCCGCGCGAGGGUGGCCAUGUACAAGGCGCUGUGGGACGAAGGCACGUACCCGUCCGACAUACUCGCCGCCAUAGACCAGGCCAUCGCCGACGGCGUCGACGUCCUCUCCCUCUCCCUUGGCCUGAACGACGUCCCGUUCUACCAAGACCCCGUCGCCAUCGGCGCCUUCGCGGCGAUGCAGCGCGGCGUGUUCGUGUCAACCUCGGCCGGGAACGACGGCCCCGACCCCGGCUAUCUCCACAACGGCACGCCGUGGACGCUCACCGUCGCGUCUGGCUCGGGCGACCGGGAGUUCGCCGGCAUCGUCAGGCUCGGCGACGGCACGACCGUCAUCGGCCAGUCGAUGUACCCAGGCAGGCCGAGCACCAUCGCGAGCUCCGGUCUCGUCUUCCUCGGCGCGUGCGACAACUCCACCGCGCUCGCGAGAAACCGCGACAAGAUCGUGCUCUGCGACGCCGCGGACUCCCUCAGCGCCGCCAUUUACUCGGUGCAGGACGCCAAGGCGCGCGCCGGCUUGUUCCUCACGAACGACUCGUUCAGAGAGCUCUCCGAGCACUUCACCUUCCCCGGCGUCAUACUGAGCCGUCAGGACGGCCCCGCGCUGCUGCAGUACAUCCAGAGGAGCCGCGAGCCCAAGGCGUCGGUGAAGUUCGGGGUGACCGUCGUGGACACGAAGCCGGCGCCGGUGGUGGCGACGUACUCGUCGCGCGGCCCGUCGGCGAGCUGCCCGACGGUGCUCAAACCCGACGUUCUCGCUCCGGGGUCUCUCAUCCUCGCGUCGUGGCCAGAGAACGUCAGCGUCGCCACCGUUGGGAACCAACAACUGUUCAGUCGGUUCAACGUCAUCUCCGGCACGUCCAUGUCGUGCCCGCACGCGUCCGGGGUGGCCGCGCUCAUCAAGGCAGUGCACCCGGAGUGGAGCCCCGCCGCGGUGCGGUCGGCGAUGAUGACGACGGCCAGCGCGGUGGACAACACCAACGCGCCCAUCAAGGACAUGGGCCGGGGCAACCGGGGCGCGACGCCGCUGGCGAUGGGUUCCGGUCACAUCGACCCGAACCGCGCCGUGGACCCGGGCCUCGUCUACGACGCCGGGCCGGAGGACUACGUCAGGCUCAUGUGCGCCAUGAACUAUACCGAGGCGCAGAUCAAGACCGUGGCGCAGUCGCCGUCCGCCGCCGUGGACUGCACCGGCGCGUCGCUGGACCUCAACUACCCCUCGUUCAUCGCGUUCUUCGACCCGGGGGCCACCGCCCCCGCCGUGAGGACGUUCACCAGGGUCGUUACCAACGUCGGCGACGCGCCGGCCAGCUACAGCGCGAAGGUGAAGGGCCUGGGCGGGCUGACUGUAACCGUCGCGCCGGAGAGGCUGGUGUUCGGCGGCAAGCACGAGACGCAGAAGUACACGGUGGUGAUCCGCGGCCAGAUGAAGAAGAAGACCGACGAGGUGCUGCAUGGGUCGUUGACGUGGGUCGACGACUCCGGCAAGUACACGGUGAGGAGCCCGAUCGUAGCGACGACGGCGAGCUCGGCUCCGCUAUAGGACACGUUGCACAGUGACUAGAUUACGCUCUCGUACAUGUGUUCAACUUAAAAGGAAAACAAAUAAAACAACUCAUGCUUUUGCAGCGCAAUAGAGUAUACGAAAUGGAUUUAGAUGUUGUAACUUUUGAAAUGACUUGUUCAAAGCAAAAAAAAGCUUGAAACGGUACUGUUGGAGCUCAGCUAGAUUCU